AUGAGCAUCUCUGUGAACGGGCAGUCGGUGGUGCCGCCGGGGUUCCGGUUCCACCCGACGGAGGAGGAGCUGCUCACCUACUACCUCGCCAAGAAGGUGGCCUUGCAGCGCAUCGACCUCGACGUCAUCUGCGACAUCGACCUCAACAAGCUCGAGCCAUGGGACAUCCAAGAGCGCUGUCGGAUCGGAACUGGCCCGCAGAAUGACUGGUAUCUGUUCAGCCACAAGGACAAGAAGUACCCCACGGGGACGCGCACCAACCGCGCCACCGCCGCCGGGUUCUGGAAGGCCACCGGCCGGGACAAGGCCAUCUACUCCGCCGCCAGCUCCGGCCGCAUCGGCAUGCGCAAGACGCUCGUCUUCUACAAGGGCCGCGCCCCGCGUGGCCACAAGUCCGACUGGAUCAUGCACGAGUACCGCCUCGACGACGCCAUCGCACCUGCCCCUGCGACCAACCCCGUCUUUGCUCCCGGCGACGCAAGUUCCUACUACUCCGGCAUCUCAUCCCCGGUUCGCGGCGUGGCCGGGGUCCAGUCACCGUCGGCACAGGAGGACGGGUGGGUCAUCUGCAGGGUGUUCAGGAAGAAGAAUAUCGUCGUGCAGCACCAGAACGGCGGCGGCGCAGCGUCCAACAAGCUGGUCGGUGCCGGUGCCAUGGAGUGCAGCCAGAGCAACUCCUCGUCGAUGGUGACCGCCGCCGGCGACAAGGCCAAGGCGCAGAUGCACCAGCAGCAGCAGCUGCCACACAGCGACGACGCGCUCGACCAUAUCCUCAGCUACAUGGGCCGCUCAUCCAUGGCAUCGUGCAGGCAGGAGACCAAGCCCACCAACCCAUCAUCGUCAGCGCUGGACCACCUGAUCAACAGCGCGUGCCACAGCGACAGCAGCACCCUGUACGACAAGUUCAUGAAGCUCCCGCCGCUCGAGCACGUCAUCCCCGGCGGGCUCCUGCCGGCGCCGACCGAGUACGGCGGCGACUGGGACGCUCUUGACCGGGUGGCGGCGUACGAGCUCAACGGCCUCUCUGACGCCGCGACGGCCAAGACCACCAACGGCAUGUCCUACAUCGUGGACGAUCUCGGUGGCGCCACGGCCAACUCCGGCAGUGGCACCCUACACGCUUCCUCCGUCACCGGGGUUGGCGAUGGUGACCUGUGGAGCCUGGCGCGGUCGGUGUCAUCGCUACACGCCGACUUGCCGAUAACCUGUUUUAACGCUGUCGGGUGCUAA